UUUCGAAAGUGACAUUAUUAUUAUUAUCAUAUCGGAAAAUCCCAAAGAAAACACAGGUUUCGCUUCUUUAGGAACAAAGCCUCGCUCUUUUUUGGCGGUAAGGUUUCGCCUUUUGUUUUUGUGAAAUUCAGGCGCCAGUUCUCAAUUUUUGGAUGGCGCUUUCCGCUUCCUCAGUACCCAUUAUCUCUUUUAAUCGAAUUCCAAUAUCUUCCUCUUCUUCGCUUUCUUUCCCAUCAUCACUUUUGGGUCCUUUCAAAAGCAAUCAACAGAGCUUGAAGACGGAGCAUCUGAGCUCAAAUGGACGGUUGGUGUUCAACUGCUUGUCUUCUCCUGAAAUCGGUCCUACCUCAAAUUCCAUGGACCUAAGGCGGUCACCAAUGCCACCUAUGACAAAUAUUGGAAUGCCAAUGAGUGAAACCAGCAUGUCCAAACCAUCUUAUAAAUGGCAAAGGGUAUUGCUUAAAGUUAGUGGAGAAGCACUAGCUGGAGAUCAUGCACAAAACAUUGAUCCAAAGAUUACAAUGGCUAUUGCAAGAGAGGUUGCAGAAGUGACUCGCCUUGGUGUCGAGGUUGCUAUUGUGGUUGGCGGGGGAAAUAUCUUCUGUGGAUCCUCUUGGGCAGGAAGCAGUGGGCUUGAUCGUUCAUCUGCUGAUUACAUUGGAAUGUUGGCCACUGUCAUGAAUGCUAUAUUUCUUCAAGCAACAAUGGAGAGUAUUGGCAUUCCAACACGUGUACAAACUGCAUUUCGGAUGUCAGAGGUUGCAGAGCCAUAUAUACGUCGAAGGGCUGUGAGGCAUUUGGAGAAAGGAAGAGUUGUAAUUUUCGCUGCUGGAACUGGGAAUCCAUUCUUCACCACAGAUACUGCUGCAGCCCUUCGUUGUGCAGAAAUCAAUGCAGAGGUCGUGCUAAAAGCUACAAAUGUUGAUGGCGUCUAUGAUGAUGACCCCAGGAAUAACCCAAAUGCUUGUCUAAUGGAUACAUUAACGUAUCAUGAGGUGACUUCAAAAGAUCUUUCCGUAAUGGACAUGACUGCGAUUACUUUGUGCCAAGAAAAUAAUAUUCCUGUGGUUGUCUUCAAUCUAUCCAAACCAGGUAACAUUGCGAAAGCCAUAAAGGGAGAGAGGGUUGGUACAUUAAUAGGUGGAAUUCAGAAUUCAACAGUGGCAAGGACAUAAAAAGGACACCAGCCAUACUUGCCUGUUGGUGGUUUGGUUUCUGUGAGUUUUUAUUUGAUGGUAAUUGGCAAUUCAAUGCUCAAGCUGAACCAAGUCUCAGCCUCCCAGCUUUGGAAGUUCCCUGGAGUUUUUACGUUUAAAAAGGAGAAGAUGAAUAUUGAACAUUGACAAUUUUUGUACCAAAAUUAUGAAAAAUAGUAGACUUAUUGUAAACGCCACUCGGGAUUUUGU